AAAUAUCAAAAAAGACUAUACUCCGUGUAUGGAAAAGUAAUUAAAAAUUGAGAAUAAUUGGAGUUUAAAGUUUAUCAAGUUUAACUCAAAAAAGUCAAAUUAAACAAAUAUAAUGGGACUGAUGUAGUAUUUUUAAAGAAUGAUAGUGGGAGACUGGGAGGAGUGGUAGGUGAGAGAUGAAUGAGAUGGGAGGCAAAGCAGGAACCGUCGCAGCCAAGGCCCUGCUCGGCGGCACCGCCGCCGCAGACCUGUCUUCAGAUUCCAUCAAUUCACUCGACGGCAUCCUGCGCGACGUCGGAGUUUACUCCACCAGCUUUCCGGAUGAACACCAGGCCAAGGACUUCGUCUCUCACCUCACUCGCGGCCUCCUCAAAGUCCAGCACAUCCACCCCGGCAGAAUCACCUGUCUGUUCACCGUCAUGCCUGCUAUCCUGAAUGCAUUUGGUGGGAUGCACGGGGGCGCGGUUGGUGCACUAGCCGAGAGAGUGGCGAUUGCGUGUGCUAGAACAGUUGUCGGAGAGGAGAAAGAACUAUUUCUUGGAGAGUUAAGCAUGUCUUAUCUCUCUUCUGCCCCUUUAAAUGCAGAAGUUAGGAUUCACGGGUCGGUAGUGAGGAGUGGAAGAAACUUGACAGUAGUUGCUGUGGAAUUUAAACUGAAGGACUCUGAUAAACUGACUUACCUUUCUCGUGCAACUUUGUAUCACUCACCAGCUGCCAGUCUGUGAACCUCCAACGCCUUGGCGGCUUAUUAUUGAAUGCAAGAAGUUUAAUUUGGGACGGAUGGAGUAAUAUGGUUCGCGUGCAAGGCUGGAGCAAAAAGACAUUUUGCCCGUGCGUGAAGGAGCGUGUUUGAAUAUAUAAAACAUUAUAUAUUCAAGAAUUGGAGUGUCCUAAAUUUUCAGCAUUUCUUUCUUAAUUUUUUCAAUCAAAGCAUGAGCAAAAGGUCUUUUGACCCAAUAUUUGAAAAUUAUUCAUGACCAGGUCCUACCCUUAACUCAUCCCACACAUCCUACCCCAUAAGAGCCCCUCCACUAGCAUUUUGCCACAAUAUUUGAAAAUUAUUCCACAAUUAGUCUUUUGAAGACUAUACGUUAAAAAAAGUAUUUGAGUUAAAAGACUGAUUAUGGAAUAAUUUUCAGUUAUUGAAACUACAAAUGUUAUUUCCUAGAAUUGAUGACCAUUUAUAGAAAAUAUCAUGUUAUAAGAAAUAAGUUAUGGAAUU